AGGAGUGCUCCUCAUCCUGACAGAUAGCAGAAUUUCAUCUUGGGCUUGGGCACCAAGAUGCAGGUGGCCUUUGAGGAGGUGGCUCUGCAUUUCACUGAGCAGGAAUGGGCCUUGCUGGAUGCAAACAAAAGAGCGCUCUACUGGGAUGUCCUGCAGGAGAACUACCAGCACGUGAUUUCAUUGGAAAUCCUUCUUAGUUUGACAGACAAAGACAGUUCAUCCCAGCUUCCAUUGAUGAUGUCCUAUUUCUCUAACAGCAUGGAGUUUCCCCAGGUAGCAUUUGAGGAGGUGGCUCUGCAUUUCACACGGCAGGAGUGGGCUUUGAUGGAUGCGAAUGAAAGAGCCCUCUACUGGGAUGUCAUGCAGGAGAACUACCAGCAUGUGACUUCGUUGGGUAAGCUUUCCGCUCACAUUUUUCCUAAUAGGACUCAAAAGUUUAUGGAAUGCCCUCCCCAGUUAAAUUAG